AUGCAAUUCCCCACCCGCCCACCAACCUUCCCGUCCCCGAUGGCGAUCAUGGCGGCCACCGCCACUGCCGUCGCUUCCCCCUCCAGCUCCACCUCGCCAGAUCCCCUCCACCCCAGCCUCCGCUUCCUCCCUCCCGCCUCCACUCCCGCCUGCUGCCGUCUCCUCCCCACGGCGCCGCGGUGGUGCGCGCGCCUCCACAUCGCGCCCCGGGUGGCCGUCGGCAGCGACGUGUCCUCGUCCCAUGACGUAGCUGCCGAGGAGGCCGCGGCUGCGCCCAAGGUCGGGAAGCGCGUGCGCGUCACGGCGCCUGUCCGCGUCCACCACGUUGCCAAGGCGCCCGGCCUGGACCUGCGCGGCAUGGAGGGCGUCGUCAAGCAGUACAUCGGCGUUUGGAAGGGCAAGCGCGUCACGGCCAAUCUCCUCUUCAAGGUGGAGUUCGUGCUCAAGCUGGACGGCCAGGAAAAGCCGAUCCGGUUCAUCGCCCACCUCCGCGAGCAAGAGUUCGAGAUCGUCGGGGACGAAUAG